AAGUGGUGAAGGGUGGGGGAUUACACCACUCCUAAGGCUACACCCACAUGCUUUUCUAAAACACCCAUCAACACCUUGACAAAAGCACUGCUGAAUAUUCAACAGACAGCAGUUAGAAUCCCCACCCUAAUUUGAGCUCCUCCUUUAGAGUCAUUGGACUUGUUUAAAAAUCUGAAACUCAGUUCACUCAGACACUGAUACUUCAUUCACAUGUGUGUCCAGAUAUAACUUCUGUACUGAAGACAACUUUCCCUGACUACAACAUUAGUUUUGACAAAAGCUGGGGACUUUGACCGCAUCAUGGCUGAUCAACAGGAUGAUCUCCGUGCUUUACUAAAUUAUUCUGGUGAACCGACCUGGGAGCGGGCUGUUGCCAAAGCCAGAGAAGAAGUUGAUAGGUUAGAUCAUGUCACUCUCAACAUUGCUGUGACAGGGGUGACUGGGGCAGGAAAGUCCUCCUUCGUUAAUGCCAUCAGAGGUCUUCAAGAACCUGAGGAAGGAUCUGCACCCACUGGAGUCAAAGUAACCACCAAGAAGCUCGAAGAGUACCCCCACCCAACCAUGCCCAAUGUGAAGAUCUGGGACCUGCCAGGCGUAGGGGGUGAACAAUUCAAAGCAAAAACCUACAUGAAAGAUGUCAAAUUUCAAACCUAUGACUUCUUUAUCAUAGUUAGUGCAUCAAGGUUCACGGAGAAUGACAUCAUGUUGGCAAAUGAAAUCAAGAAAACGGAGAAGAAUUUCUACUUUGUUCGCUCGAAGACUGAUAAUGAUGUAGCAAAUGAAGGAAGAAAGAGAGUAUCAGAGGAGGCAACACUUGAGAACAUACGGAACAGCUGUGAGGAUAAUCUCAGCACAUUUGGAUCCCCUCCUGUCUUCCUCAUUACAUCCCAUAACCUGGAAAGGUUUGACUUUCAGGAACUGGUAAAUACUCUGGAGGGAGACCUUCCAGAUCACAAGAGAGAUGCUCUGGUUAUGAGUUUGCCUGUUUAUUCCAAGGAGUGUCUUGACAAGAAAUACAGUGAAUUCAAGAAAGCAGCAUGGGCUGUGGCCAUCACAUCAGGUGGCAUAGCGGCAGUCCCAGUACCAGGUCUGUCACUAGCAUGUGAUGUUGCCAUGGUAGUGUCUUUCCUAACCAGAUGCUACUUUUCAUUUGGUCUAAAUGAUAAAUCCCUUGAAAAGAUGUCAGAGAGAGUAAACAAGCCAAUACUGGCAAUGGUUAGAGAAUCAUCUCUUGUCAUGGCGAUUGCUGAAGAAUCAUCGCUUACAACAAAAAUAGCAAGAAGACUUGCGGUAGCAGGUGUAAUUGAGUCACUGUGCAUCCUUGUGCCUGUUGCUGGCAACAUAGCAGCAGCUGGAGUAUCGUUUGUUUCAACACAAUCUGUGCUCCUAGAAGGGUUGAAGGAACUGUAUAGUGUAGCCAAAAGGGUGAUUGAAAUGGCAGAACUACCAUAGAGUAAUGCAAACAUGUGACCCAGGCUUAAUGGUCUGGAAUGCUCGACAUGUUCAUUUUUUUUCCAUUUCCUCCAUGCAGGCUAUUGAUUUUAUUGGCAAUGGUUCAACAAUCCAAACAAUUGCAGACUAAAAGCAUUCACCUCAUUGAUCUCAUGUUAACCAAGACUUACUGGUUUGGGCAGGUUACUGUUUUUCUUUUUCUAUUUUUAGGUUUCUUUUAAGAUAUGUAAGUUAAGCACUUCUAUUAAACAUUAAUUUAUAUACCGUAACUGGGAAUGAACUGAAGUAUUCUUUGCAUUGUAAUCAGGGUGUAGGUGGGUGACAGUGUUACUUGGUGGGGCUUACCUCUGUGUGCUGUUAAAGUGUUGUUUUUGUCGUGAAUUACAAUCUUUGUUGAAUGUAAAACAUCAUUACGUUAUGAAUGUUUUCUUUGAUUUUCAAAAGACUACUCAAACAAAUGACGUUGUUGUUGAUAAUGCUUUCUGCUGUAUUUUUUUUUUCAACACUUGAAUAUAAGUAAUAAAGCUGUAAUAUCAUUUGGCAAUGUUUUACACAAUACAUAAACAAAAAUGAUUACACUUACUGUAAAAGAAAAGAUGUUGUUCCUGACUGAUGUUAGCAACAUUGCUAGCUAUUGUAAGCUAGCUGGCUAACCAAAAUCGAAUGCAAAGUGUGUGGUACUUUUACACUAAAACGCCUCAACUCAGAGACUAUUUGGAGAGGCUAUGACUAGACUAGGCAAUGCCCAAGGCCUUGCAUUUAUCUUGUUGUCUGUAAUGACAACAUGGUAAUGACUGACAACAUGGUAACACUGGAAAUGCAAAAGAUGCUUUGUCUAUGUGAGACAAUUUGAACCGUAAAAAACCCCGGAAUAAAAAUGUAUUUAAAGAA